AUGCAGGCACCUCCCCAGUCUGACAAGCAAUAUCUCCCCACCCCAGUUCUGGUGUCUCUCAGCUGUGAGGAGAAUUCACCCUCUCGAAUGUCCUCAAUGCGUCUUGCAGUGAUUCGCUCAACCGCCAUGUUGAUGCACAUCUCAGCCAAUCCGACAUCAGGACCUACCUACGACCCUCUCACGAUAACUCCGACAGUCUCAUCGGUUGAUCGUCCUCCCGUUCUGUCUGACGAACAGGCAUUCCAUCACCAGGACCUCGAAUGA